UAGCUCUCACACUGCUUGUGGUUAACAGGGUGUAGCGUAGACACAGACAGCUGAUCUUGCAGGCAGACCCUGUGCUCGUGUGGUUUGUCAAUACUGCUCAGGAUUUUGAUGGACUGCAAAAGAGAAAAAAGCAGAAAGGAAAAAAGAGUGUUUUAUUUUAAUGAACGUUGCAUCUUUAGUUAUGAUAUUUUUCUAUCGCAGUCUUUUUACUUUUUAAUUCUGAAACCUGAAAGCUAGGAAAGCACAGCUUCCGGGAUUUAGUAUGUGCAAUACGACAUCUUUCUGCAUCGAGAGGACGCCACCGUAGUCAAUCCAGCCUUUCUCCAAUAAGCAAGAAGAUCGUUUUGUUUUCCUCGGCAGGCGGACUCAGCCACUGCACAGGCAGAUUUUGAUAAGAGUUUGAAUUGCCUACUACUGUAUCACUGUAGAAUUUGGAGUUUGCUAACAGUGUUAGUGACUGGAGCUCAUCUUGCAUCACCAGUUGAUGACAAUUUUCUUUGUUCCCUCCCACCCAGUUGAACCAAGACUCUGUAGCUGAUACGCAAUGUCACUUACAACAUUAAUCAGAUACUGCAUUUAAGGAAUGGCUGGGUGCACUGCCCUGCUGCCACUGCACUAAGUGAUACACGCAGGCUGACUGACAGCCACGGAGUUCUCAAAAUGGCUGAGACGAUCUCGCUGAACAUGCCUGUCGAUACCACUUCUAAAAGACUCUAACUGAGGAACAGCCUGAUUUUAGAAAGGGGAGUGGAACCACUCUGGGCUGGUCUGCUCGAGGGGUGAAGAGCUUUGUUUCUGAACUCAGCACCAUGGCUGGUUGCUUUGACCUCAGCUGCGAGAGCAAAGGAGAAGGCAGUCCAUCCAAACAUUCCUCUCUUGGAUAGUCUGGUCUGCUCAAGGCAUGGAGAAGGAAACCAGUGGAGUCUAGGCCAAAACCUGCCACAUAAAGGCAAUUUUCUAGAGCUGGUAAUGCUACAUGAGUUGCUGUUGCUGCCGUUAAGACAUGAAGCUGAGGAGUAUUGACCAGAUACUGGAACGCCUUCCUUUUUUUACUAGGCAGCAUAAGCUCUUUUUCCUUACUCCUAAGGAAAAAAUACCAUGUGCCAUGAUUUGCAGAAGUGAGAUUGUCAGACUUGAGCAAAGCGUACAUAGAGUCUCACUUCAGAAACCUGGGGACUGUUUAAUUCAUUUUAAAGUUCACUGACAAUUUUCUUUAUACCUUGCAAUAACAUCACGUAAGAAGUAAUCAAUUUUCUUUGUGUACAAGUGGGUUUAUAAUAGUGAAAAGGUAAAAUCUGGGGUGUAACCGUGUUGACUUGUAAAGAAUUUCUUGCUCUGAAAGAGUACAUCCAUAAGAAGCUGAUGGGAUUGUAAAUUUGAGUAGCUCAAACCUACAUAAGGAAAUUAGUAACUUCAAUUACAGCACUGGUCAGAGAAAAAGUGAUUCUUUUUGCAGUGGAUUAGCUAGAGUUGCCCUAGGAAAACAUAAAAAUAAUAAUAAAAACAGCCAAUUUUCUUCAACUCUAUUACAUUGUCUAUAGACAUUAAACUGCCAGGGCAUUGAACAGCCAAAUAUUAAUAAGUUAAUGUCUUUAAAUUGGGGUAUGUGCUGCAUGAGUUAUUGAUGUCUUUGAUUUUCAAGACAAUAGAAAAAAAAAAAACAAAAACACAACAAAAUUAAUUAAGAGGUAGUAGGAAUUGAAAACCUAAUCUUAAAUUUGUUUCAUAUAAUCUAAAGAGAUACCCGUAUUUAUCAGUGCUCAGUAAUGCAUGUUUUUUUACUUCUUUUAUGGGCUUAUAACAGGUUUAAUUUAAUCCACAUUAUUGUGUUCUUACUGACAAAAUGUUUGUCACAAAUACUUUAGUGGCACUUCUUUCAUCCACCCUCAUUAGUACAUACUAAUAUUUAUAUACAUGCCUAAAACGAUACUGAAGAACACUGCAUAAGCAAUACACAAAGUCCAGGACCCCAUUAAAGGUAACCUGGAUGUGAUAUGGCAGCCUGCCCCUCAGUUGUGUUCCAGAUGUUCUGCACCUGACUCAAGGCCCAGCUUUUUCCUCAGCUUUGUGAUUCCAAGGACGUGAGGAAGGGGCAGAGAGACAGAAUAGAUGUGGGGAGGCCGUACUGAAUCUAUGGGAGGAUCUGGCUACAUCAAAUCCAACUAAUUCCCUUGUUUAGGCAAACAUUUGUGGGUGCUCCUGGAGCACUAGCAGCACUGCAGUACUUGUUUCCUGAGGUGAUAAAUAAUUGAAGCAAUACACACAGUGGGGCAAACAACUGCUUGAAAGAAGUGUCUCCAUGAAUCCCUGUGAAUUUCCGCAGUCAGAUAAGGAAGAGAAGGUGACUGCAGAUUUACUUAGGGAUCCGAACAGAGUUUAUUUCAGGGAUGAUCGUUUGAAGGAAAUACCUCCUCUCUCCUUUCUGUGGAUUUGCAGUUCAGUGCUGAGCUGCUUUUCUCCACACACCUUUCUUUAUACCAGAAAAGCUCUGAAGGACAGCAAACAAAAUCCUUGGUGAGGUCUAAGGGGACACGAAGACGUGGACAAAACCGCACUAAUGGUUACAGAGCAAAGGGCCGGACAUUAGGGAAUCGUUCUCAAUUCACAGCAGUCGCACAUAAACAAAUCGCCGCCACGUUCAAUGUCACAGACAGACGCGUUAGCGAAGCGCGGGGCAUUUGCAGCAGAACAAACGCGAGACGCAGCGCGGCAGCCGAAUCCAUCCCGUAUUUCACAAGCCACGGGCAAAUCCCAUUACCGGGAUUAGCGCCGCAAAAUGGCGGCGGCGCCCUCCCGCCUCGCGCCGGCGGGUCCCGCGCUGCAGGCCGCGCGCCGCUAGAGCCGGCACCUGUCAGUGCAACGCGGCGGGACGCGCCGCCACCGCUCCGAGCCGCUGCCGCCCGCCCCCUGCCCUGGAAGACCCCGCAGGCGUGGUUCAUAGCCGCCAUGUAGCUCAAAACAGUACAGGCAACUGGUCCGACUGUUACUCUGUUGAUGCUACCAGCUGGUCUGUCAAGUUUCGGGCCUGAACGGGAGUAACAGAGUCUGUCGCCGUGUGUCUUGGAGUGCACUUUCCUGACAAUAGAUUUCAGAAGUUCAGCGGGAAUUAAAAGUAGUAAUCCUGGAUUGCAACUUUGAUGACAGUCAUGUCCCAUUCAAAGGAUCUCAAGGACGACUUCCAUAGUGACACUGUACUCUCUAUUUUAAAUGAGCAGCGCAUUAGGGGUAUUUUAUGUGAUGUCACCAUAAUUGUGGAAGACACCAAAUUUAAAGCCCACAGUAAUGUGCUAGCAGCUUCAAGUCUUUACUUUAAAAACAUAUUUUGGAGUCGUACUAUCUGUAUUUCGGGUCAUGUACUGGAAUUAGAUGAUCUCAAAGCUGAAGUGUUUACAGAAAUACUGAACUACAUCUACAGCUCCACAGUGGUUGUUAAGAGGCAGGAGACUGUAACAGACCUUGCAGCUGCAGGGAAAAAGCUGGGAAUAUCAUUUCUUGAAGAUCUUACAGAUGUUAAUUUUUCAAGCUCCCCCUGCCCUUAUGCAUACUGUGUUAGUGAGAAGGGGUCUGUCAAAGAGGAAAAACAUGAAAAGAGACACGAAGACUCUGCAGUGACAAAUGGACCACGAAUUACAAAUGCAUUCUCAAUUUUUGAAACAGAAAAUAGUUUGUUUUCUCCACUUGAUUUGAGGGCAAACUUUAAAAAGGUAUCCGAGACAGCACAAACCACCAACGUCAGCCUUGACAGAAGCAACACUUGCAAAGAUGCAGAGCCAGGCAGUACAUUGGCAGAGCACUCCUACGCCGUUUCUUCAGGGGGAGAUACUUUUCAAGCAGCGCCUCGCAUUGAACAGGAAAGCAGCUCUUCAUACAGUGCAGGUGAAGACCACUAUGAAAAUCUCCGAGCUACACCACUCAUUCAGCCAGUAAAACAAGCAUGUAGUACUACUCCUAAAGCAGCCUUCAAGUCCCAGGGUACUGGUUCGGCUGUAGCAAAAGUACCAGCCUCUGCGGUAGCCAAUGCAGAAGCCCAGCCUGAAACAGCUAAUGAUCAGAGAAUUAUUUCCAUUCCAAAACCUCAGAAUAAAGCAGGAGAUCUCCAUUUGUCCAGAGAAGAAGAAAACACAUCUGCUAAUAUCUCUGGAUCUGUGACAACUGUUGUUACACCUGCUUACAGCUGUAACUGCUGUGCAAAAUCAUUCAGUGACAGGGCGUUACUCAGUACUCAUCUUCAACUCCAUUCAGAGCAUCAAGAAACUUUCAUAUGCAAAUACUGCAGCAAACAAUUUGCAAAUCUAAAUAUACUGGAAAGUCACGAACAAGUCUGUGUGAGAUCAAGUAGCUUAUCUGUUCACAGUGGGAAUGAACAAAAUUUUUCAGAUAAUUAUACUGCUACGGAUGGAAGGAAUGAGAGUUCAUAUGCAAACACGGAGCCUCUAUUGUCUGAAAACAGCAUAACUGAUUAUUCUAAUGCAAACUGCGCUUUACCAGAAACGGAUCACUUGGUUAAAGUUGUUGAUGGGCAGAUAUUAUACACUUGCAUAGUUUGCAAACGUAGUUAUGUAACACUGUCGAGCCUUCGAAGACAUGCAAAUGUGCAUUCAUGGAGAAGAACGUACCCGUGUCACUACUGCAACAAGGUAUUUGCAUUAGCUGAGUAUCGCACAAGACACGAGAUCUGGCACACUGGAGAAAGGCGGUAUCAGUGCAUUUUCUGCCUAGAGACUUUCAUGACUUACUAUAUACUAAAAAAUCAUCAGAAAUCUUUCCAUGCAAUUGACCAUCGUCUCUCAGUAAGUAAGAAGACUGCCAAUGGAGGCUUAAAACCAAGUGUGUACCCAUACAAACUUUACCGACUUCUGCCCAUGAAGUGCAGGCGACUACCGUAUAAGUCCUACCGAAAUUCUACGUAUGAAAACGUUCAAACAAGUAGCCAAGUUAACGAAACUGCUUCUAGUAACUGCUUCAUUCAGAGUUCAAUUAGUUCUGAGCUGCCGCCACUGAAUUUUCAAAGUAAUAUAUUAACAAACAACAGAACUCUUGUAUUGGACACUUCUUCAUGUAAUGAUACAGCAUCUUCCACUAAUCCUCAGAACUCUUCCUCCUGGGGAGUAGGUAUCUUAAAUUCUGAUCUGCAAAGAGACUUAUUCACAGCUGACAAAAGAGUUCCCACUGCUGCAAAAGACUCUGGUUCUCACGAGUAUGAUUCCUCAGUCGUGUCUUUAACUAAUGUGAAAGAAAAUUCAACCUCUGUAAUCAGUUACAGCAGUUCUGCACCCUCUGUUAUAAUGCACAGUAGCAGAGUUUCAUCAGUAAUAAUGCACAGUAAAACAAUCACUUCUGUAGAAAACAGUAAGACAGAAUCGUCUAAUAGUGUACCUAGUCAACCUGCAAGUGAAGAUUGUAAGUAUGGGUCAGAUAACUAUGGAAAAUGUAUUACAAAAUCAAAACCUAUUAAGGAGAAAAAGAAAGCAGUGCUGUGCAACAAAGCAGAAGCAGCUGAGGAUAUGGAGCACAUCCAAGGAUCUGGAGGUUCAUCUAGCAAAACCACUAAUACUUCUGAAGAGUCGAGUAAAACUGAGACUUACAUUGCAAAGCCUGCCUUACCUGGAACAUCUACUGACAGCAAUGUUGCUCCUCUUUGUCAAAUAACAGUAAAAAUUGGUAAUGAGGCUAUUGUUAAAAGGCAUAUAUUAGGAUCUAAGCUAUUCUGUAAAAGGGGACGAAAAUCUAAGCACGAGUCCAAACAGGACAAUCUAAAUGAGGAGUCAGAAAUGGAGAUAAAAGAGAAAAGCCCGUCUAGGCUGUAUAGCUCAGAAUGCUUGGAGAUGACAGAAAUGUGUGAUGAUGUAAGUGAUCAGGACUCCAGUGAUAAGCCCUGGAGACCGUAUUACAAUUACAAACCCAAAAAGAAGUCUAAACAGCUAAGAAAAAUGAAGAAGACCAAAUGGAGGAAAAAGCACGGAAACAGGAACACCAUUAUGGAAAGUCACAGUACGUGCAGUCGAGAGUAUGUGCUCAGGAGCACUCCUGAAGACAAGGCAGUUAGUCAAGAGGAGAACACAGAAAUGCCCAGUCUUCAUUGUGAGCUCUGUGAAGGAGAUCAAAACUCCACUACAGAAACUCAAGAACAUGUACAUUGGCACGUAUCUACUUCAAAGCCUUACAUUUGUGAAUUAUGCCAAAAACAAUUUCAAAGUCCAUCCACAUUAAAAAUGCAUAUGAGGUGUCACACAGGGGAAAAGCCCUUCACCUGCAAAACGUGCGGUAAAUGUUUUUCAGUCCCUGGAAAUUUACAGAAACACGAACGUAUUCACCUGGGCAUCAAAGACUUUGUCUGUCAGUACUGUAAUAAGGCAUUCACUUUAAAUGAAACACUCAAAAUACAUGAAAGAAUUCAUACUGGAGAAAAACGCUACCACUGUCAGUUCUGCUUGCAGAGUUUCCUCUAUCUUUCUACCAAAAGGAACCAUGAGCAAAGACAUAUACGUGAGCAUAAUGGAAAAGGAUAUGCUUGUUUUCAGUGCCCCAAAAUCUGCAAGACAGCAGCUGCUCUGGGAAUGCACCAGAAGAAACAUCUAUUCAAAAGUACAGGUCCACAGGACAGAAAAGAGCAGUUCUGCAAUGAAAGCGCUCAGCUGUUGGAAAAUCAGCAUUUCCUUGGCUCAGAAGGAAGUGAAGGGAAAACCAUACAAAAUGUAACUCCAGAAGUUGUACUCUGAGUGACAGUUGUGCAAAAGAGAAGAAAAAUACAAAACUGUAUGUUGGAGAAAAUGUAGAUGCAUCGAAUGGGGAAAAUUCUCCACACAGAUAAUUUACAAAGGUCUUCAUUUAAACAUAUAUCAAUAUAUGCAAACAAAGGAAAAAUAACGCUGAAAUGAAAAAUUUAUUAUUUGCAAUAAUACAAGCUUAAUUUGAAAGACCCCAAAUAGUUUUGGCAGAACAGACUUCUAGCAUACGUGUGGAGAGAAAGAAGGAAAAUGCAAGACCAACCAAACUCCUUCUACUUAAAGCUAGAAGAAACUAGCCACUGAACUGUUCUACAGUGCUGUUGUUCAGUCAGAAUCAUUCUGGACAAAAUAAAUAUGUAAGUUCAAAUCAUAUACUAUAGAAGGAAUUUUUGCUGCAGAAAUCAUAUGUUGCUUUUUUUUUUUUUUAACAAAAGUUAAUGUGUUUAUAAGCAAAUCGUGAUUUAGUGUAUUCUACAGUGAAGGUGGGCAAUGUUUCAUCAGUUCGGGUCUGCUGAAGUACAGUUCAGUUUUGGAGUGUUUUUCUGUAACUCAGCAUUUACAAAACAUACACAAAAGUAUAAACCUUUUUUCCUUUCUGUUCUCAGUUUUGUAGUUACCGUAUUAAGCAUUAAGUCUGAGUGCUUGUGCAGAAAGUAUGCCAGAUUAGAGGCAUCACUGGAACGUUUCAUGAAGAUUCAGUGCAAAUCGUAGUAGCCAGUCUUCCAAAUGGCAGAAGUUCUGAAUGACUGAACUGUAAAGUUGUUCAGGUCAUCUGUUGAAAGAAAAUUGUUCUCAUUAAGUAGUGUUGUUUGAAGAACUCUAUAAUACAAACGUCCACCUCCUGGUGAGUCUGAAACUGCUGUAUUUUCUUCUCAGCAGAAGAAGAGUAGAUAAGAGAGUCUUCCUCCACAUCCCGGUGUAAUGCCUGGGCUACAAAUGACAGUGCAGCUCCCAGUGAAUGCUUUGAUUUUCGGGAGGAAGAGCUAAAAAAUCAGAUUUUUGCUUCCAUGUAUAUCCCUGAGGCAGUUUCCAUAGAUAACAGGGAUAGGGCCAAUUUGUGGGAUUCCUUGUCAUCCCUGUGCCUUAAAUGCAAUAUCAGUACUUUGUACGUCCCAGUGUCUCACCCCAGGUAAGCUUCAUCUCAGUGUCCCUUGGCCAAGCAUGGUAGGCCUGGAGCAGAGAAGCAGCAGCAUCGUGUUGCUGGAAGAAGCCACGCUGGCCUUUCUGCUUCCCUUCUCCUGCCACACCACAAUGCUCCGGUGAGCCUUCUGGCUGAGCAGUUUGCAUUCACCAGGAAUCAGAGGGUGAGCUUCUGAAAGAAGACAUCACUGCAAUUAAUAGUACAGUUAGUCACAAAAUAGUGUUAAUUUAAACCAAAACAAAGAGGUUUAAAAAGUUGAAGAGGUUAAAUGUCUGCAAGUUGCAUAUUAUAUCAUAGGGCUCUGUUGUACUCGAUCUGCACUUCCAAUUUGUUAUGUACAUUCAUUGUUACAAAGUGUUAAAAGUGUUUUAAGUCUGGACAAAGGUCAGUGAACCUCAACUUAAUUCUAUGUGCAAAUAUGGUACACAAUUUGUUUACUUGGUUUUCCUGAAUAUUCUAAAGGAAAUUAUAGCUUGGGUAUGAUAAAAUUACAAUUGAAAUUAUAGUACAGUAUUGAUUGAAGUAAUAAUGUAGUCCGCUUAUUUAUCCUGUCAUUGAUGAACGCUGUGAACCCUUUGAGAAAUGUUUGGUUUCAUAGCAGUUUUGGUUCCAUUUUCAAUUAGGAUAAUAGCAGAAUAAACACAGGAAAGUAUGAUGAUGUUUCAAAGAAAGUACACGAGGAUAUUUUCUAAGUGGACUUGUAUGAUGAUGAUAAUUAUAGACCAAAGCAAAUAAGGUAGAAUAUUUAUACAUAUAAAGAUAAUUUUACAGAUAUUUUAUAUAACUGUAUAGUUCAUAAGAAAAAUAUUGAUAGCUUGUGUUAGGUUUGGGGGGGGUUUGUAUAUUUUGAUAAAAACACAAUGACUUUGUAACUCUGUAUAUUAUCUACAGUUUAUAGCAAAGGAGUUUUAAGAUGGCAAUGUCAUGUUUAUAGUUCAGUUGUGGCACUUUUACUACAAGUAACACGUUGAAGUAAUGAGUUAAGUAUUAAUGACCAAAUUAGAAUUAAAAUAAAUACUGUAUGUUGUCAAAGACUGUAAUUUGCUGCAUCUGUAUUUUUGUUUAGAAGAAAAUAUUAAAUGCAGAUGUUAAGGAUUGAUAAAGAGUCUAAUUUUAUUUUUAGAGAGAGUUAUUAUAACUGUUUUUGCUUGAUUAAAAUAACCUCUUCCUA